AUGGAGCCUUUUUCAAACGAUCUAUUAACUAUUCUGGUGCUUGUUAGUAUAUCAUGGGCAGGUGUUACAUUCAUCGCAGUCAUCAUUAUUUCUAUUAUAUAUAUCUAUAUGCGAUGUAAAAAGCCACCUAAUCCAAGAAUCAUGUCACCAGUUCAAAUAUUAUCAAGAUCUUCAUCUAUGACAACAGAUCAACAUUCUACACCGAUAGCUCCAAUACCGAUAAAACCUUCGAAAUACGUUAAAUCAUCAAAUAAACGUGAUGGACCUCAAUAUUAUCCUGAUACGAUGAGUACUAUCGGCGAAGAGUCUUAUUCUUCACGUACUAAUGAUCAAUCAUAUCCAGUCAACAACAGUUACAGACGCAAUGAAAAUAGAAACGACAUAUUUAGAUCGAACAUUCAAGGUUCAACUCGUCCGCAGCAUCCAACGUCAUUUCGAUCGGUGAAUCCGGCCACUGAUAUUCGUGUAUUGAACCGACGUACACCAUAUCCACCUGAUGUCAUAGCUCGUGAUAAAAUGAUGGAAGCAAAUCGAUUUCCAAUGGAAGAAAAAUUUUGA